CACUGCUAAAAAUAGGACACAAAACUUGGGAUUCCUUCGAAUUAAGGUUGGUAGAUGAUGAAGAGCUUAGUCAUUUGAAAAUGAACUACAGUAAAUUGCUUCUCUUGGUCUUUUUAUAUUGCUGUUUCUUGUUCCCAUGCUCUGAUAUUCACUCACACCAUUUCCUCUACUUUCAGAUAAGAUAGAAACCAGUGAUUUUUUAUGCAGCUUUUGCCACAGGUCAAGACCCUUUCAUGGAAUUUUCUGAGCUCUGAACUUGAUUCUCAUUUUCAGCCUGAGCUUACAGCAAAUGGGUUGGAGUUAGAUCUAUCAAAGAGAAAUCAAAUGCUCUUCUAGCAGUCAUGAGAAUCUUUUAUAAUCAGCAAUCUAUAAUCGCUGGAUAGAUUGGCAAAACUAGCAGAAACUGUGUGCACAGGACUAUUCAGUUACUCUGGCAAUAUAAAGUUAAAAGAAUUAGCAUUUUCAAUGCAAGCGUCACAACGACCUAGAAAAGUAGGCAUGCCAAAUACAUUCUUCCUAAAUCAGCCUCUGCAGAAGGUAGAGUCCUAUUUUCUGCCCCAUAUUCAAACUUUUGAACCCCAGUUGAGCUGUAAUAACAGCAGAUAUGGGCCUAGCUGUCCCAUUCAGAUUUCUCAUGACCGAUAUUGUACCCUGGAGUCAUCGUCAUUGACGGGCAAUCAUACUAUCUACAAUUCUCCUUCAACUGUGAGUUUUUCACCGAUUGGGAGCCCUGUGUCCCAGCAAGAAUCUUUGCACAUGACAGAUCCAGUUCAGUCACCAGAAACUAAUUAUGGUUCUCCUUUGAGUGGGUCUUGCAUAACCAAUGAUGUAAAUGACCUUAGGCACAAGCUGAGGGAGCUAGAAAAUGCAAUGCUUGGACCUGACUCUGACUUUUUUGGGGCUUGUGAUAAUUUGUUGCCAAUCAAUGAAGGUGCACUUGAAAACAGUUGGAGACAAAUGAUAGAGGUUAUACCCCGAGGAGAUUUGAAGCAGAUUCUUAUUGCCUGUGCAAAAGCAGUAGCAGAUAAUGAUACAUUGAUAUCACAGUGGCUAAUGUCUGAACUACGCCAGAUGGUGUCAGUUUCUGGUGAACCAAUCCAGCGUCUAGGAGCCUACAUGUUGGAAGGACUUGUUGCAAAACUGGCUGCUUCAGGAAGUUCCAUCUACAAAUCUUUGAGAUGCAAGGAGCCUGCAAGCUUCGAACUCUUAUCUUAUAUGCACAUUCUUUAUGAAGUUUGCCCUUACUUCAAAUUUGGAUAUAUGUCAGCAAAUGGUGCUAUUGCUGAAGCAAUGAAGGAUGAAAACAGAGUUCACAUCAUUGAUUUCCAAAUUUCUCAGGGUAGUCAAUGGGUGACUCUGAUACAGGCUUUUGCAGCUCGGCCAGGAGGGCCACCACACAUUCGCAUAACUGGUAUCGAUGAUUCCACUUCAGCUUAUGCACGUGGAGGAGGAUUGAGUAUUGUGGGACAGAGGUUGUCUAGGCUUGCUGAGUCAUUCAAAGUGCCUUUCGAAUUCCAUGCUGCAGCCAUGUCUGGUUGUGAAGUCCAGCCUGAAGAUCUAGGAAUUCAACCAGGGGAAGCACUGGCAGUGAAUUUUGCUUUUGUGCUGCACCACAUGCCUGAUGAAAGUGUCAGCACUGAAAAUCCUCGGGAUCGACUGCUAAGGCUGGUGAAAAGCUUGAAUCCCAAGGUGGUGACUCUUGUUGAACAAGAAUCAAAUACAAAUACUGCUGCAUUUUUUCCUCGUUUCCUUGAAACCUUGGAUUACUAUACAGCUAUGUUUGAAUCCAUUGACGUUACUCUUCCAAGAGAUCACAAAGAGCGAAUCAAUGUUGAGCAGCACUGCUUGGCAAGAGAUGUUGUCAACGUAAUUGCCUGUGAGGGUCCUGAAAGGGUGGAAAGACAUGAGGUUCUUGGGAAGUGGAAAUCACGGUUCAGAAUGGCUGGUUUUAGUCCAUACCCCUUAUGUUCCUUGGUUAAUGCCACCAUUAAAAAACUGCUAGAAAACUACUCGGACAAAUACAGGCUAGAAGAAAGAGAUGGGGCUCUUUAUCUUGGUUGGAUGAAUAGAGAUUUGGUUGCUUCUUGUGCAUGGAAAUGAGCUGCGUCUCCAUCUGAUGGGACAAGCUAGGUUGUAUGGAACCUCAAGUUUUCCAUCAAUUUUUGUUUCUCCUUUUUUGCUCACCAUCACCAUCCCUUUUGAGUUUUGUGACUCAUGCUUACUGUAGAAGUUUUUCAAGCUAUGAAACCUGUAAAGUCCAGCUUAGUUUGCUUUUCUUUGAGAUCAAUUUAACCAGAUUGCAUUUCUUAAACUUUGUUUUGCAUUA